AUGAGGCCGAACAGGUCUCCAGAGGAGAGCACUGAGGGAGAUGCCAAGAGAACAGAGUGGAAGCCCACGGUGAGAGAUGCUUUCAAAGACAUCUCCGUAUACUUCUCCAAGGAAGAAUGGGAAGAGAUGGGAGAAUGGGAAAAAAUCCAUUAUAGGAAUGUGAAAAGGAACUAUGAAGUGCUGAUUGCUAUAGGUUUCAGAGCCACUCGACCAACUUUCAUGCAUCACCGCAGGCAGGUCAUCAAACCCCAGGUAGAUGACACUGAGGAUUCUGAUGAAGAAUGGACACCAAAGCAGCAAGGUAUACCUUCUUCGAUGGCUUUCAGAGUGGAGCACAGUAAACACCAGAAGAGAAUGUCCAGGGCACCAUUAAGUAAGGAAUCUAGUUUGAAGGAAUUGCCAGGAGCAGCAAAAUUGCUGAAGACAAGUGGCUCCAAGCAGGCUCAGAAACCAGUGCCCCAUCACAGAAAAGCAAGGACCCCUGGACAGCACCCCAGACAAAACGUCGAACUCAGAAGAAAGGAGACUGGAGUGAAGAGGUACAGUCUACAUGAAAAAAAGGGCCACAUGUACCAAGAGGUCAUUGAGCCCCAGAAUGACGACUACCUCUAUUGUGAGGAGUGUCAGAACUUCUUCAUCGACAGCUGUGCUGCCCAUGGGCCCCCAACCUUUGUAAAGGACUGUGCAGUGGAAAAGGGGCAUGCCAAUCGCUCAGCCCUCACUCUGCCCCCUGGGUUAAGCAUCAGACUGUCGGGCAUCCCUGACACUGGGCUUGGAGUUUGGAACGGGGCAUCCGAUCUGCCGCUGGGCCUGCAUUUUGGCCCCUAUGAGGGCCAGAUCACUGACGAUGAAGAGGCCGCCAAAAGUGGAUACGCCUGGCUGAUCACCAAAGGGAGAAACUGCUACAAGUAUGUGGAUGGAAAGGACACGUCUUGGGCCAACUGGAUGAGGUAUGUGAACUGUGCCCGGGACGACGAGGAGCAGAACCUGGUGGCCUUCCAGUAUCACGGGCAGAUCUUCUACCGAACCUGCCAGGUGAUCAGACUGGGCUGUGAGCUGCUGGUCUGGUAUGGGGACGAGUAUGGCCAGGACCUUGGCAUCAAGUGGAACAGCAGGGGGAAGAGUGAGCUUGCGACUGGGAGAGAACCAAAGCCCAAGAUCCACCCAUGUGCCUCCUGCUCUCUGGCCUUCUCCAGUCAGAAAUUCCUCAGCCAACACACCCAAUGCAGUCACCCCUCUCAGACCCUCCUGAGACCAUCUGAAAGAGACCUCCUCCAACCAGAGGAUCCCUGCCCAGGCAAUCAAAAUCAGCGAUAUUCCAAUCCACACAGCCCGAGCGACAAACCUGAGGGUCAGGAGGCCAAGGACAGGCCCCAACAAUUGCUGAAAAGCAUAAGGCUGAAGAGGAUUUCAAGGGCCUCUUCCUACUCACCCAGAGGACAAAUGGGGGGUUCUGGGGUGCAUGAGAGAAUGAAAGACGAGCCCAGCACAAGCCAGAAACUGAAUCCAGAGGACACAGGCACAUUGCUCACGGGGGCAGGGGUCUCAGGGAUUAUGAGAGUCACGGUCAUCACAGCAUCUGGACUCCAGAUUCGACCACAGAGGUCCAGUUCUCAGCCCUGCCCUCAGCAGCUGCGUGAGCUGGGGCAAGAUGCUCAAGCUCUCUGUGUCUCUAUUCUCAUCUGUGAUACGGGCGGUCAGGCCCCACCUGACACUGGGACUGCCCUGCACGGGCACACAGGACACCAGCAGUCACGGGAUGGACAGCCAGCUGCCUCCGCUGCACGCUCCACCCUGACCACAGCAGCCCCACGGCUGUACCAGCCCUGCCUGCGUGCAGCUCUGCUUGACUGCCAUGGCUCAGGGGCCCUGGCCUCUGCUCUGCUCACCAAGAAGACUGCGCUUUGGCCUCAUGACCAGCGGGUUUCUGUUGAACUCAGGGAGGCGGAGGAGCAGGGCUGUGUGGCUGGGGGCAUCUUCUGGCCCUCAGACAACCUCUCUGGACCCCAGGUGGAGGUGCUGCUGCCCCCAGUGCCCACCUGGGUCUCAGGAGGUGGAAGAGAGACCGGGUUGUCCUUCCCACCUCCUGCCCAGAGAAUGACAAAGGCCAGUUCCCAAAAGUGGGAGCAGGGUGGGCAGAGUGAGUCUUGGGUCUCACAGGGUCCCUGUGAAGAAGGGUUUACUGCUGCCUGGAUCCCUCUUGGCUGGUUCUCCUUCUGUGUUGUCUUCACAUCAAAUCACAAGGACGAGGCAGUCCAGGUGCCCACAGCAUCACUCGCCCAGGUGCUGACAACCCUCCUUAUUUAUUAUGGGCAGGGAGACAGGGUGGCUGGUGUGACGCUCCCCUGGACCAGAGAAGAGACCCCCUAG